CGCUGCGGGGCCAUGUCGGCUCCGUGGGCCUUGGCGGCGGGUCCCGGCGCGGCCGCGGAGCCUGAGGCGGUGCGGGGCCGGCGCCUGGAGCAGGAGCUGGGCAGCAGCAGCCAGCAGACGUCGCACCGGCUGCUGGCCUACAGCGACGCGCUGCUCUCCAUCAUCGCCACCGUGAUGAUUCUGCCCGUGGCUCACACGAAAAUACAUCCUGAUCAGAAACUAGGUGAAAGUGUUCAGCAACUUCUCCUAGCAAAAAUUGCAGUCUACUUGAUGACCUUCUUAAUAGUCACAGUGGCAUGGGCAGCUCACGUAAGGUUGUUCCAAGUGGUAGUGCUUAUAGAUGAUGUCCUGGCUCUUCUAAACCUGGCUUGUAUGAUGAUCAUAACUUUCUUGCCGUACACAUUUUCCUUAAUGGCCUCCUAUCCAGAGGUGCCUUUUGGCAUUUUCCUGUUCAGUGUCUGUGCUGUUGUCAUUGGCCUUAUACAGGCUGUGAUAGUAGUGUACGGAUUCUACCACCCACACUUACUAAAUGAACAGAUUCAGGAGUCUGCAAAUCCAGAUUUCUAUAAACGCCAUAUCUUAAAGAUUAUCCUUCGAGGACCAGGUUUAUGCUUUUUAGCAGCCAUCUUUUCUUUUUUCUUUAUUCCUUUGUCUUACCUAUUCCUUGGGCUUGUAAUUGUUUUUCCACAUCUCACUCGAUUCAUUACAUGGUGUAAAACCAAGAUUGCUGGUCAGAGAGAGGAAGAGGAGGAACACCAUCGCUUAGAAACCUUCAAUUUUUACCUCAGUGAGCCUCUGAGUAAGGAACGAGUAGAGGCAUUUAGUGAUGGAGUCUAUGCUAUUGUAGCAACCCUGCUCAUUUUGGAUAUAUGUGAAGACAAUGUCCCUGAUCCCAGAGAAGUUGAGAAGAAGUUCCAUGGCAGCCUUCUUGAAGCUUUAAGUGAAUAUGGGCCAAACUACCUAGCCUACUUCGGCUCGUUUGUAACAAUUGGUCUCCUGUGGUUUGUCCAUCACUCACUGUUCCUUUAUGUAACAAAAGCUACAAGAUUAAUGGGACUCCUUAACAUACUUUCACUGGCUUUCAUUGGUGGGCUUCCACUAGCUUACCAGCUGACCAGUGAAUUUGCAGAGAAGUCCCACAAUGAAAUAGAAGCCAUUCAGGUCAGCUGUGUUAUCACUUUCUUUGCCAGCAUUUUCCAGUUUGCAAUAUGGACUACAGCCCUCCUCCAUGAAACAGAAACUUUGAGUCCUUUUGCUAGAUACGGUGGCAAGGAGCAUGCCUUCAUGUUUGCCAAGCUGGCUCUAUACCCGUGUGUAAGCCUUGGGGUCUUCUUCCUAACAUGCUUGUUAAGUGAAUUUAGCACGGCAAUUUUCCAUCUUAUGCAGAUUGUAAUCCCAUUUGCUUUUCUUGCCUUGCGCAUUUUUGUUAGAAUUUCCUUAACUGUCAUAAAGUCCGUGAUGUCUCUCUCCAGACGGAAGGUUGUAUUGUUGGAAGAAGAGGAGGCAUGCUUGUCUCCUACUGAAGCACUCUCCUAAAUUUCCGUGCAGUGCAUGUGAAGUUGUUAAAUUAACUUCAGUUCUUCUAACUCACAUUAUCUUCAUGUGUGGAUUAUAUGGAUCUAAACCAAGGCCCGCCUUGGCCAUAACUGGGGUAUAUUUAAGUUUUUGCUGGUCCUGCUUGAGGCCCUUUCUUCAAAACCUGUAACUGAAAAAAACUGGGUAAGUAGGGGAUAUGAAGAAAAGCAUGUUCCCCUUCCUUUAGAGUUACCCUUUUGAAAACAUGCUGCUUGACACAUAAUUGUGGUGAUGAUCGCUUAAGUGCAUAAACAGAUGUGCAGUAAAAUGCCCUUUUCUGACACAGGGCAGUUGCUCUGGCAGCCAAACACAGGUCUAGAAGCUGGUUGUGCAGCUGUUAAGAUGGGGACUGAGGCAUGGAAGACAUGGGACACCUCUGGAUUUCUGGAUAGUGCAUCGUGGUAGAUGGUUUCCCUAAGUAGAGAGUCCCACAGAUUUCUGAGUCUCAGGAAGGCAGCAAAAGAAACUAACGCUGCAGAAGUUCCAUUUUGUGAUGCUUAUGCACAGUUUGGUAAGCUUCAUGCUUAUCAAAUGUUACCCUGCAGAGAGCUGCACAGAAGGAGUGGGCAAAGUGAUCAAGCCUCAAACGGUCCUGGAGGCCUUCACAUUUAUUUUUGGCCGAGCCAUUAGUUUGUAUCUUGAACUGUCGUAGUGCCUGAUAACUUUAAUGCCAUAUGUAAAGGCAUUUGAGGGGAUUUUGUUGUUCUUUAAAAAAAAAUAAUAAAAAAUUCUGUGGUGAAGUAUGCCUGGAGUUGUGAGUGAAAAUAAAUUCAGAUAGCUUGUUUCAGUUGAGAUCAGUCUUGAAAGCACAUGGGCUUUCAGUGUGAAGCACCUUGGUACCAACAGAUCACUGCUGGUAUCACACUGUUCUUGUGAGAGAGCAUGUCCAGGUAUUCAAGGGGCUUUGUACCUGGUUGAGGUGAAAUGAACUGCAGAAGGAUCCUGUAUCGUGCUGUGUAUCACAGGUUUUUUCUGGUGUUUAAUAAAAGCACUUUUGGUUCUA